AUGGUGGUCAAGGCAGUGUACAACGCCGCCGCCUGGACGGUCGAGACGGCCAGGGGAGCUGUCAACGUGUUGAUCAGCCCCAAUGCCCCGAUCCCGAAGACCGAUCUGCACCCCAGGAUGAUGGCCCGACCAUGGACUGCCGCCGAAUACCUCCGCAUGUGGUCGUGGCGGUACAACUGGAAGUACAUCCCCGUCUUCCGCUUCUACGUCUACUCCGCCGCCAUCGUCUAUGGCAUCUACAAAUUUGUUCUGCCAAUCAAGCCCCGCCACCGUAUCGCCUACGCCAAGGGCAAGGAUGACCACCAUCACCAUGAGGUCGAGCACUGGUACGGUAUCCGCCAGCAGAAGCAGGACAAGGAAUAUUUCAAGACCUACAAUCCCCUCAAGAAGCCCGGUGAUGUUGAGGUUGGAGGCCAC